AUGGUUCAACCAGUAGACUCAACCAACACAGGAGACCGAAGAGCUCUAGUUGCCAACGAUGGUCACCAGAGAGAGGUCGGGGCAGAAGUGGUAGAGGGCCAGAUUCAUGAAGGCCUCGGGACCGAGCCGUUUUGUAGGUCGGCACGCAUCACCACACCCGAUUUAUCACCGGCACAUCCAAAACCAUUUAAGGCCAAUCGCGGCCGAGGUGGUGCCUCGAGAAGAACCACUCUAGGAGCAGCCCCGGCUCCUAGUAGGGAGAACUUUGAUGCACUCCAAAAAGAAAUGGAGGCAAUGCGCACCCAGAUGCUCACCAUGGAAGAGAUGUACAACGAAAUGGUGCAAGCUGUGGGUGCCGGGUCUCGAUCUGAAGACCGAGCGGCGCGCGACGAGAGAGGCGAUCUCCGCGAUCAUCUCAGCAGAAAGAGAAGCUCGUCCCUCCGAAAAGGACGAUCUCCAUCUUGCUCGCACAAGAACUCCAACCAGCAGGCCGAAUCUUCUUACAACCCGGUAGUUCCUGAGGGAGUGAUUACAAGGGAAGAGUUCGACCAACUUAAAAGCAAAUUCGACGCUCAGGUUGAAACCUUAAAGGCAAGGUGCGAGGUCAAAGGGAGCACAUUUGAUGAUGGCGACUUGGGAGAGUCACCAUUCACCUCAGAUAUCUUGGAGGCUCUCAUCCCCUCAAAGUUCAAGACUCCCACUAUGAAACCUUAUGAUGGGUCUAAGGACCCAAAAGACUAUGUUGAGGUCUUUGAAGGCCUCAUGGGUUUUCAGGCAGCAACAGAUGCAAUCAAGUACCGCGCCUUCCAGAUCGCGCUCACCAGCAGCGCGCGCCUAUGGUAUCGAAGACUGCCGGCCAGGUCAAUCUCAACCUACUCCCAGCUAAGGAAAGAGUUUAACAGUCAAUUCUCUUCUCGACACUAUGAGAGAAAAACAGCGACUCACCUCGCCACCAUCAGGCAGAAGGAACGUGAGACGCUGAGAGAAUAUGUCACAUGGUUCCAGGAGGAGCAGCUGAAGGUCGCGCACUACUCUGAUGACUCGGCCUUGUGCUACUUCCUCACCGACCUAGUCGAUGAGACCUUAACUGUGAAGCUCGGAGAAGAAGCCCCAGCCACUUUUGCCGAAGUCCUGCAAAAAGCGAAAAAAGUCAUUGACGGGCAGGAACUUUUUCGGACCAAAACUGGCCGAUCUGAGAAGCAAAUCGACCAAAAAAAGCCCAGCCAAGAGAAGAGGAAGGCUGAGUCCAAGUCUAAGGACAAGGCUGAGUAUCGAAGGUCGGAUAGCGGCCCUAGUCGGAGCCGACCUUAUUGA